CUUCCCCAAACAACGCCAUCAUUCUAAUUUGUGCUGCUUUAAAAGGAUGAAUGAACCUAAAGUUAGCUCUAAUUCUGUGCCUACGUCUCCUCUUGUCUUGAGGAAGACGAGCAGUUCCGGGAAGGCUUACUCCGUAUCUCCCAGCGCCAUGGAGAUAGGAGGAGAGAGAGAGGCCCAGAGAAUGAUGGAACACAGCCGGGCAUCGAGACUAUCUGGAUCCAGUCCCUUGGGAUCUUAUUCCGAGGAAGAAACAGCUGUGUUUCACAAGUUAGCUAAGAAGUUACACAAGAAAGAAUCAAAAUCAGUUUUUGUUAAUGAUGUUGGAGCUGCCAUUAGAUCUCUUUCAGUCUCGUCUGAUGGUAAUAGCAAAAAGCCAACUUUUCACAAGCAGCCUGAAGUGUCUGUUGAAAGUGACAAAGAGAGCACUGAUGAUGAAUUAGAGAUGGCAACAUUUGUCUCAACUGAACACUACACACCAGAGCCCAAUGCAUUGAAUGCUCCUUACGAAUACUUUGGAGACAGGAACGAGAGCUUGGCUGACAUACAGUCUUUUGCUACUGAUCUUAAAAGUGCUACUCAGAUGAGCAUGAAGUUUGUUGAGUCUGGUGUAUGUCUCAAAGUUCCAUUCAACCGAGUCACCAUCACUCCAGCUGCUGACAUCCCAGCCAGUGAAUCAACUGAUGGUGAUGCCAUUCCCUCUAAUCUAGCAGGAGUAACAGAAUCAGAUUUCAAGGAGGCGCAGCAGUACCUCAUCAGUGCUUUGAAGAUAAGACGUAAAUACAUGAGCAUGAGCCAUCAAGGUUUUUGUGAAACAACUGCUAAGAUGCUUGACAGUGACAUUAUCCCCAGCAGUGCAUUCUGUACAGAUACUGAUCAGGCAGUUACAGCUGGUGGCGAUGUUAUUCACAUACCCACGGGGUGUAGCCCUGUGCCUAAUUUUCUGCCACAUGACGUCCCUUUCAAGUCGAAGCUUAACUUUGAGGUAAAGAUGGUUAGAGGGUUCAUUCAGCUAAGGGCUACGGGAGACCAGGAGAAUAUAGAAGAGAAAGAAAUUGCAAAUGAUAACUUUCUGAAUGAUCCAAGGACAAUGGAGGCAGUGAGAGAGGACUUUAUUAAAGAUUAUAAUAUACUGCUGGCUCUUUCUAUCCAUGGGCCUAUCAAGUCUUUCAGCUACAGGAGGUUAGGGUAUCUCGAUUCACGGUUUCACCUGCAUGUGAUGCUUAACGAACUGAGAGAGCUCAAAGCACAGAAGUCUGUUCCCCAUCGUGACUUUUAUAAUGUCAGAAAGGUUGAUACUCAUAUUCAUGCUUCUUCCUGCAUGAACCAGAAGCACCUUUUACGCUUCAUGAAGAAGAAGAUCAAGGAGUGUCCCGGCGAGGUUGUCAUUAAUAACAGAAAAGAGAAGAAGACUCUCUCUCAAGUGUUUGAGGAUAUGAAUCUCAGAGCCUAUGACCUUAACGUUGAUAACCUUGAUGUGCAUGCAGAUCGAAAUACGUUUCAUCGUUUUGACAAGUUCAAUGCCAAGUAUAAUCCGAUUGGAAAGAGCAAAUUGAGAGAAAUAUUCAUAAAAACUGACAAUGACAUUGGAGGGAGCUAUUUCGCUCAUAUAAUCAAGGAAGUGAUGGACGACCUUACUGAGAGCAAGUAUCAAAUGGCUGAACUUCGUAUUUCCAUAUAUGGACGCUCGCCUGACGAGUGGGACAAACUUGCCAAGUGGGCGGUGACCCACAACCUGUUCUGUGAUAACGUUCGCUGGCUCAUACAAGUACCAAGGAUAUAUGAUAUUUACAAGGAUAGGAACAUGGUUGAGAAUUUCAAUCAGAUAUUGGAGAAUUUGUUUGUGCCUGUCUUUGAGGCAACUCUGGAUCCGUCCUCACACCCGUUCCUUUCAAGAUUUCUUAAUCAGGUAACAGGGUUUGAUAGUGUUGAUGAUGAGAGUAAGCCGGAGAGUCAUUUCUUUCACCAAACCUCACCCGAUCCUACCCAUUGGACCCACACUGAUAAUCCUCCUUAUGUCUACUACGUGUUCUAUAUGUAUGCUAACAUUUGUCUCCUCAACAAACUCAGAAAGAUAAGAGGAUUGCACACUUUUCAGUUGCGGCCCCAUUGUGGUGAAGCAGGUCCUGCUCAUCACCUGAUAACUGCAUUCAUGUUGGCUGAGAACAUUUCACAUGGUUUGAUGUUGAGAAAGGUACCAACUCUACAGUAUUUAUACUAUUUGGCUCAGAUUGGCAUUGCCAUGUCACCACUGAGUAACAAUUCCCUGUUUUUGGAUUAUCAUCGCAAUCCGUUGCAUCAGUACUUUCAACGUGGUCUCCUAGUGUCUCUUUCUACUGAUGAUCCACUUCAGUUUCAUUUUACUAAGGAGCCUUUAAUGGAGGAGUACAGCAUCGCAGCACAAGUGUGGAAACUCAGCCCUUGCGACAUGUGUGAGCUGGCAAGGAACUCUGUCCUAAUGAGCGGCUUUGAACAUAACGUCAAGCAGUAUUGGUUGGGUCUCCGAUAUCAAGAGGAGGGGCCUGGAGGUAAUGACAUCACACGUACCAACGUACCCAACAUUCGUGUCGCCUAUCGCCACGAGACGCUCGUUGAGGAACUCAAACAUAUUUUGUACGGACACGAAUGAUGAGAGAGAUUUGGCAUUAGUUUUGUUUGUGUGAUUCAAUUUUAUUCCAUGAUCAAUAGAUAAUGAUUAAA